AUGUCCGACAGGUUUGGGCUUAAAGUAAAGGAAAAUGCUGGGAAGACGAAGUAUUCUUCACUUAACUUAAAUCAGACAUACAAAGGAACUAAGGUUGAAACGAAAACAUCCUCAGGUUUGUAUUUCUUCGCUAUCGUGGGGAUUUUGCUAUUUAUUUUAAAGUGCUAUCAGCCUCUAACAUCCAAGUUGCGACAUUGCAUCGAAGUAAACCGUGAAAGGUUGUCUUUUUUACUUUGGUUUUGAUCUGCGAGCCUUUCAAAUGCGGCUUCCGGUUUUGUGGACGCUACGAUGUUGCUCUCGUGUGGCGUAAGAUCGGGUACAUGAAAACUCAUAAAUUUUGUUUUGGUUCUAAGAUGGACGCUAUUUUUUCGCAGGGACCGCUCGCCAUGGGCUACAGAGCCUUGGAAAAGUCGGUGCAAGUCGUCGAAUUCCUCCUCCCGCCAAUCUCCCUUCUUUAAAAAGCGAAAACUCCGGCAACGAUCCUACAGUAUCUUUAGUUCCUAGUGGAGGUGGAGGAUGGGGCAGUGCGAAGGAGAAGCCUUCGGAAACUACGCCAGCAGCUGCAUCUCAGGCAGCACCUCCGAGUUCAACGCCAUCGCAAACAAAUGCGCCAUCUUCUCAGCAGCCGCUAUUGCAGCCGCAGCGGCCUAUACCACCGCCGUCUCAUCCACAACCAGUUCAACCGCAAUCGCAAAGUUCGGGGCAGACACAAAAUCAACCAGCCAAACAGCAAGAAUCUCAAGUAAAGACAUGGGGCACUGUAUCAUCAAACGAGGCUGGUGGUCAAGGUAAGGAAAGAAGAAAGAAUUUUUGCUAUCUGCGUGACUAAUUGUCGUUGUUUAGCGAAAGAGUCGGGAUUUUGACACACGCAUUUCAUCCUGUGGUAAUUAAAAAUAUUUUACUUGUGCUUUUAUGUUCUUCAAGUAUGUUAGACAUGGUGUUUGAUGGGAAGGUGAAAUCUUUAUCUUCGGAAAGUUUGUUAUUACCUCUAUAAUGUCAAAACUAAGUUCCGUUCAUGCUAUACAGCUCAGUUUAGGCGUCGGGUAGCUGAUUACGAUAAUCAAGUAUUUAUGAUUAGUCGAACCUUUUGUUUUCCCCUAAUAAGAUACAGGUUUAUCUUUGCACAUAUAGCGUUGUUGGAUCUUGUGGUAACAUGAUUUUUUGAAUAGUUAGAAAUGUUAUUUUGUUGCAUGUUUUUAUGCAAUGUAUAUUUCCCUUGGCCAUCAUAAGGAUGAAAUUCUGUGUAGAUUCAAAGCCAAGAUAGCAAAUGACACAAGGUCGAAAAUUUGCCGUGAAAAUUCUAUUAUUGCUUUGACUCAUCCAGUCUCACCUAUGUAAUUCUUGCAUGAAACUAAAGACAUAUUCUUCAAAAGUGCACUACUUUCACAGGCUACUAUAGUGCCAAAAUUGAAAAUCUUGUUUAAGAGAAAAUUACUUAAGUUACAGACACCAAAAGUUAAAAAUAGCAAUUGGAAAACAGGUUUUUUCAUCUGUGGUGACUGUCAGAGCUAACUUACUCAAUGCAAGACACAUAACAUCAAGAAAUAACUUGUUGUAAUCUUGCAAUAUUUCAACCUGUAGGGAGGUCCUACUCUCACCAGGAGAUGCCAUAUUUCAAUCGGGAAUUCCCAGUAUUGGGUGGUGGAAACUCUGGGGAAAGGCCCCCGCUGCCCUCAGAAAUAAAGGAACAACCUCCUACACAGUAUGGUCAGAAACAAAUAAUGCGCAAUACACGUAAGUGUAAUUGAAUCAUUUUACUCUUCCAUGAAAAAUAGAUUUACACUGCUUGUUUAACUUCUACAAGUAAGUAUCAUUUUCCUCUGAUAUAUUCAAAAUCAUCAAUAUAACCUGGACAUUUGCCUCCUCACUCUUGGCUCAUGAUUGUUAGUAACUGAAAUCUACUGGCAAGUAUAAUCAUCUCUCCUAGGAGCAUGACUUAUUGUAGCAAGACUUGAAGUGAAGUGCAGUGUACAUAGAAUUGAAUAUCUGUAUCAUUGGGCUCUUGCCAGUUGAAAAGGCAGUUGAAAAUGUGAUGUGUUUCAUGGUAUACUAUACAGUACUAUACUGCACCACUAUAUUGCACCACAGUAUUCUUCUGACAUUUAAACUUGUCUGUUCUGGGACUAGAAUUUAUACAUUAAAAACUUCUGUGGUCUACCAUGAUUUAUUUAGUAAAGUAUAAAAGUGUAACAAAGGUGUAUUUUCACUAUUUUAUUUUAGACGAACCACCAUGGAUGGAGCGCAGUGGUCCAGGUAAUGCUCUCGUGUCAUAAUUUGUGUUUUCAUAGCUUUUUCCUGUACAUGGAGUUACUAUUCACUCAACUUUUAUAAUUUAGUAGCAAAGUGGAUGAAAGUUUUUUUAAAAAAAAGAUGUUCUUUUGACUGUUUCUAAACAAUGAAGUUAAUCUUGAGCUCAAAUGAAUAAAUCAGUGUAAAUUUAGAAGUAUAUAUUUUUCCCAAUCCAAUUUUUCUAGAGAACCACACAAAUGUUCUUUUCCACACUUUGUGAGAAGUCUUGCUCUAGGCAUAUGAUUAAUUUUUCCUUGUGAACUGAUGAAAUAUAAUCUAGGAUGGUUACACACAUCAUCGAUUUAUGGGUUGAAGCAUAAACCUAGAGUUCUGUGUUAAAUACUUGUGGAACAUUCAAAAUGAAUCCAUUUAUAUCUCCGACAUGACAAGGGUGUCAUAUUCCUCUGUCAUCACAAAUUACAGUAUGCUAUACUCCUUAAUUUCUUUAAUACAUGUAAACAAAGUUUAAUUGAAUAAAUGGAUAAGAGGGCUUAACCCUUUAAUUUUCAGAAAUGAUUAACCCUUCAACUCCCAUAAUUGACCAAGAUCUAAUUUUUUCAUAAAAUAUCGAUACACUAUUAAGCUGUAAAGUAAUGGGCCAAAAAAAAAAUCAACUCAGCAAUUAUUGUUUGAUCCAAAUAACAAUUUACCCAAACUAACAUCAAAAGGGCUGUAUGGCAGAUAGUAAGAAUUUACCUAUGUGAUCUUGGGAGUGAAUUGGUUAACUUAUUAUUUCUUGUUACAAUAUUAAUAAGUAAUCAGGUCAUGAGAAUAGCCAAAUUUGUUGGUCAUUGGAUGUUGCCUCCAUAUACAUGCAACUCUAAAUCCCUUAACAUACAGUAUAUUUACAAGGUAAUGUGUAUGAGAGAUUUGAUUGUGGGAUUGAAUGCAAGAGGACUGUUUAAUGCAUUGUUGUAAAAAGGAAGAAAUACGAUGCCACUCAGAAAUUUAACAAUCACCACCAUGUUUUUAUUACCAAUGCAAGAUUUUAAAGGCCCAAGUUUCCCAAAAUCUUCUUGUGUUUCUGAUGUGAAAGCAGUGUUUUCAAAAAUCUUGUAACAUGGUCAUAACUGUGGAAGGAAACUAAACUUGUAGCAAUGGUAAUGUCAUUAUUUCUGUCAGGUCCUCCACCAUCUGAUUAUGGAACAGUAAGAGAAAGAACAGAUGCAUAUAAUGGGGGACCAGGACAUGGUGGAGGACAUCAGUAUAGACGACCACCAGACUACCCAGUAAGAAGUCUGCUUUACUGUUUAUGUAUUAAGCUCAGGAUUUAAUGCUCUUUGCACAUACCACUUCAGUUUAAACUGCCUCUUGACAUUCCUCAAAGUUUGACAGCUGGGUUACAUAGGUCUGUUAGGUUUUGGGACAGAGAAAUUAUUGUACAUCAGCAGCUAUAGGGAAAUUGAAUAUGUCUUGAAACUUUACCUGAAAAUCCUUAAUACAACUUUUUCAACUAUCAAGUUGAGCAUUUCAAGGUUUGUGCUUAUCUCUACCCCUUUUCCUUAUCUGGAAGUACAUUAAGGCUUUUUACCGCUAUGAAGAAGCCUCUUACUUAAUGAUAAAAGGUGAUAGGGUUUAACUUGAAUUGUAUCUCUCCUUUAUUAAUGCUUUAUGGAUGUGUAAGCUUUUUUGAAAUUGAAAUGUACUCAAUAGAAAAUUACACUUAUUAUAUGUUACAGUAUUUUAGUAUCCCAAGCUUCCUUAAGUUUUAAUUUUGGAUAUCUUUGGUUUUUUCUUUUAACAUUUGUUUCUCAAUUUUGAACAAUUGGAAAACUGAUACAUUAAUAGUAUGUACAUAUACAUCUCCUAAAUGUUUUUGUCCAUUUUAACUGUGAACUCCAUCUGAACCACUGGAUACACCAUUUGCAACUCUGAAGCAAUUUUUUUCUGCAGAGGGUCUAACACCAUUUGCCUUGGGAAUUCACUUGGAAAAAUUUUGGGGGGAUGUUGUGAAAAGGAAAAAAGGCAUUCUCAGUAAAUUUUUUGUUUUUGUUGUUUUUUUACUAUGAAAACUACAAAUGCUGUGACAUUCUCGCUUGUUUUAAGCACCUUUGGAAGGUACGGGGGUAUCUCUUGAGAGGCAAUUGUGAUUUACAAAUCAUUGUACCAGCACAUAUGGAAUAUCAGCUUGCUGUUUUAGAAAGUUUACCCAAUUAACAUGUACUGUAUGUACUGGUAUGUUUUUAAAGUGAAAAUUGUUGGUCAUGGAGUGCCCUCAAAGAGAAACAGGCAUUAUAUUGUAGCUCACUGAUUUAGUUUUGUUUGUGUCUGGUAGCAUGGGUCACAUGGGAGGAAUGUUCCUCAGGGGCAUCUCCACCAUCAUGGUAAUGGACCACAAAGUCAUGGACCAGGAAGGCAUCCUCAUGGGUAUCCCCCAGAUCAUUUUUCUAGGUACUUUCUGUGUUAUUUAUGCAAUUUUAGGCACUGUAACCCUUUAUCUACUUCUUAUCACUUCACCACAUGGUCAAUUUACUCACUAGAAGUGCCUCAACAUGUUUCUUAGCUUUCAAACCCAUAACACUUGUACUCAAGAGUUAUCAGAGUACACAGUAUCUACAUAAUGUCAAUGCAUAAUUAAUCAGUAAACAUAAUUGUAUUGAGUCAAAUAUUUUUUCAUGUAUGGGAAGUUGUUUGAACAUACCAAAAUCUUUUUAUUGACUUGCAAAUAAAUAUAUGAUCAUCAGUGUGCAGUUCUCUCCAGAUACCUUGAUAGUUAAAAAAAAAAAAAAAAAAAAAAAAAAAAGAACACACACAAGAGGUUGUGAUUUUCAAGCUACUAUUGGCCAACCUCCAUCUUAAAUUACUUAUGCUGUCUCGAAGUGUAACAUCCAACCAGGUUCCAAAUGUUCAUCAUAUUUAAUAUCCAAAUGGGUUCAAAUUCUCAGAAAAAUUUUGCAAUGUGCCAUGUAAUCAAUUUCAGUAAAAGGAAAUAUCAAGUUAAAACUUCACAUGACAACACCUUAAUGAUUUUACAGGGGACCAGGCCAAAGACCCAGUGCCCCUUCAGGACCUAAUUCUGGAGGUAAACUGGGAGACAAGACCCGAGGUGAAGGAUAUGGAAGGCCAAGUAUCCUCAAACCAGAAGAUAUACAAGCAAUGACUGACAAUGAUGAAGAGGAGGAGGGUGGAUGGGCUGGUGCACAAGAUGAAGUUGAUUAUGCAGCAAAAUUGGAUUUUGAGGACUUUGAAGAUGAUGAUAAACCUUCACUAGAACAACCAGUGAAACCUGAAAUAGAAACCCCAAGUGGUGAACCUGAAACAAGAUGGCAAGGCAAUGAAAGCAGACCUGUAAGUAAAGUCAUUUGUCAUGUUGUAGGUGAAAAUUUUUCUUCAAUUUUGGUACAGAAAAAUAAUUUUGAUGCAGGCUUGGCAAAUGUGUGAAGGGUUUUCUCUAUCCUUUAUGUGAUAUAGGGCUCAGAACUGUCGAAUUGUAACAGUUAAAACUGUUUGUUAUUAUAAUUUAGUGUUACUGUAUUUGAGUGUGUGUGAUUAAAGUUCUUAGAAAACAGCAGCUCUUGAGUGUAACUCAAAUUAAACAGGAAAAACUCCAUUUCUGCGUGAACUGUCAAAGUGUUUCACCCUUUCCUGUUUUGAUCCUAGGCUAAGGGGAUGGGACCACCUCCAACAAGACCUGCAUGGACCAAAUCAUCAGGGCCAGUAUACUCUGAGAACAGACAAAUGCCCCCAAGUCCAGGAAUGAGGCCAUUUGAUAGCAGAGGUUCUCCUCCUAAUCCUGGUUGGCCUAUGCCAUACCCUCAGCUUCUAGCCGGACAGCCAAGAGGGGGACACCCACCUGGACAUCCACCUCCUUCCCUGGUUAGCUCUGAUCAAGUGAAGCCAGCAUCCAAGUCAGAAGAACCAGUGACAAAUGAUUGGCAGAAACGCAGAGUCAAACAACAAGAGGAAAUGCGUGCUGCAGUAGAAAGGGCCAGGAAGAGGCGUGAGGAAGAGGAAAUGAGAAGGCAGGCUGAACAGAAAGCAGGAGCAACAGCUAAGUUAAAAGAACUGGAAUUAAAAAAAGUCAGGAGGGAGAGUGCUAAAGAAGGAGACGAUGCUUGGGCAGAGGAACUGGACUCAAUUGAAAAAGAUUCUUAUGGUAAAGGGCCUUACCCUGAACAACGAAUGCCAGAAACGCCCGAACGAGAGGUGGAACCACAGAAUCUUGCACUUAACCAACAAGAUGACUUGCAUGGUCGAAAUGAUUUUCCUGAGCAUGUCAGUCAUAGACAGAGAAAUGACAGCGAGUCCAGUGAUGCCUCAAGAUCGAGUGCAAGGGGUGCUUCACGCCCUCAUCAUCAUCCACCCCGGGACAUCCCACCCCGUUUUCAACAGCAGCAACUUAGGCAGCAACACUUUCAGCAACAACAGCAUUACCAGCAGCAGCAACCUUAUCCACCACAACAUCCAUAUCACCAGCAACAGAUGGCUAGAUCCCCACAACUCAGGGAUUUUCCUGAAGGAUCACUGUCAGUUGCCAAUCAUCCCAUCGUUGAUUCAGGUGGGGUAGCAUUCUUCAAUGAGUAACCUUCAAAUGGUAUUGUAGGUUUUUUCAAGUUGAGACAUUUGCUGUCUAAAUUGAAAAUGCUGACUCGUGAUUCUGUGAUUCUUACAUUUGAAAAGGAUAGGUGUAACAAGUUUGCGUUUCAUUGUUUAUGAAUGAACAUUUAACAAUCGGCUAACGUCUCUACUCUUCACCAUUUGCUUGGGAAGAGAUAACACGACCAGAAGGAUCAACUUAAAGACGUACAUACAUACAUACAUACAUACAUGCAUACAUGCAUACAUGCAUACAUGCAUACAUGCAUACAUACAUACGUUUAUUGCAACUCCCAAGCUGGGUUUUUCAGUUACAAGGCCUACAUUAAAAUUAAUGUAAUAUUAUAGUAACAUUGUAUUGGCCUAAAAAUACAUAUAAGUGAAAACUAAGGCUAGUACAAUAUAAAUACAAAAGGCCAGUGCACGUUAAAAACACUAGUGAACUAAAACAAAAAUUAGACGAGAAUAGAAGAUUGAAAUGAUUCAUCUGUGUGUGACAUUUCCACUAAGGAGCGCAUUCAGUAGGCGGAGCCUAAAGGCGUUUACAUUCUCAGCUGCUUUUAAGUCAUUUGGGAGGUUAUUCCACAAUUUGCAUCCGCGAUACGUGCAAUUUUAAGUUGAUCGGGACUGUGAGGUACUACUUUAUUAAUGAUUUUGUACUGUUUUUAGGCCCAGUGUCACCAUCACAACCUACCAAACCCGAUGUAUCUGUAAAGAGGAUAAUGAAACGUUCCGAUAGCAGCAGCACAGCUGGUGACGAUAUAGCAAGUGUCAAGUCUCUUGAAAGUGCAAGUGGUGAGCCAAGCAGAGAGGUGGAAAAGAAACCACAUGCUGCUCCAUCAGAUAAGGCUAUAAAGACAGACCCAAGGGAGGAAAAGACGAAAGAAGGGUCCUCAGAGGCAACGCGAAAAGAAUCUAACAGGACGGAUAGGAAACCAGAUGACCAAGACUUGCCCGUGUUUGAUGACAGUGGCAGUGGUGGUUCAGGCGAUACAAGUCAGAAACGAACACCUGAUUCUGUCCUACCGCAGGGUUCUGGAAAACAAGAUCUGACCAACAAAGAAAACGAUGUGUCCAAGGAAAGGGUGCAUGAUAAGCGUGAAAGGAAAGACGAUGAGAGCAUAUCAAAAGCUGUUCCCGAGAAAGGCUCCCGAUUUAGAGACAGACGAGACGAAAGGCGAAGUAGUUCAAAGCGUGAUUCAAGAACACAGGAUAACAGACGUAGUGAUGAUUCGAAAGACUCUGGAAAACGAAAGAGAGAGGACAGUGAAGACGCUGAACGCUUUACGGAGAGAAGGGGAAGAUUCGCCGGCCGCGGUGGAGAUCCAAAAAGGGAGCGAUUUUCGGAAUCUCAUAGUCGCGGUAGAGUUAGUUUUCCAGUGCGGGGCCGGGGAAUGGCUGGUACAGCUACGAGUUAUCGAGGUCGUGGAAGAGGAGAUAGAGGAAAUAGAGAUACCAGGGAUUACAAGGAGCACAAACCGACGAGAUCGCGUGAACCUAGACCUUCUUCAGCCUGGAAAACGACCAAGGAUGAACAGAAACGGAACGAAGAAGACAAGGAAAAUGUAGUGGCGAAAGAGAACGCUAACGCAAUUGCCAGUGAGAGUGACAAAAAAGUAACUCGUGAUUCUACCGAGGUAAAACAAGAUAAGCGGAUAGAAAGUGUCCCUUCAACAGAUGAGAAAGAGGCUAACAAACAGGAAAAGAGAAAUGAAGAGACAGUUACUGAGGUGAAGAAAAACAAAGAAGACGAUUCUGUGACUCGUGAAAGCAAAUUUGAGGAAGAAGUUAGGUUACCCAACAAGGACUUAGAAAAAGUAAAAGAAUCAGAUGAUGUAAGUAAAAAACCUGAGAGCCCCAAAGAUGUAAAUAAUUUGAAACCUAAAGCCCGUGGCGGUUUUGGAAGACCUCCACAAUCUUCACAGGAGUCAAGAAAUGUAAAUAAUCAGGACAGACGCGAAGGCGGCAAGAAGUUUAAUGAUAGGAGGCGACCGAUACAGGAGGCUGGCAGAGAUCGUAAGACAGAUUCUGAUGACAAACGCACGGGACGCAAUUACAGCAGAGACAAUACCAAUCAAAGGCAAACUGGAAGGGACAACAGAUAUAGGGAAAGAGGUCAGGAAAGGGAUCAGAAAUUCCAGUAUCAGCGCGACGAAAGAGACACUGGCAACAAGCGCUACUCUCAGGAUGAUAGGAAGAAGAGGUUUGACGACAAAGACGAUGACCAGCAAAAUUCCAGGCGUAAAGGGGAUGAGAGGAACCAGAGGGGUGGCACGCGAUCAUAUUCAUCUCGUGGUCGUGUUAGUACGACCCCUGUGCGUACUAAUAUUAGGGGUGGUAGAUCCAGUCAGCCAGUCGGAAGUGGACGUUUUGGAAACAACUACCGACGUGUAAAAUCCUCAGAGGAGGAGCUAUCUGAUGAUGACUACGAGAGUGAUUCAAGCAGUUACACGACCGCUACAUCUGCUUCUGAGGAAAGGAGGGAUGAGAAACCCAGCAAUGCAGAUAAUGAGAAUGACGUAAAGAGAGAAAAAGAGAGUAGUUCAACUUUUGACAAAUCGAGAGCUAGUUCACGAUCGGCAAGAUCUCCGAUUAGGGGGAAGAUGUCUUCACGGGCGGGAAGGCGAGGUACUGGUGGUGGGUUUGGAAGGACUAGGAGAGAAGUGGAGCGUCCACCUCGCUUCCAGAAACAACAAGAAAAGGAAAGAGCAAGCAUGGGCAGAGGCGCACCUCAGGGUGUCAGAACGAAUGAAAGUAGAGAAAGUGGACCCGGUAGAGGCAGGGGGAGAGGAAGAGGUAAAAGGGAACAACCUCAAAGAGAUGAAGGUCCAGGUAUACCGGUUACAGAGGACUGGGAUGAAGAGCUUAAUGAAGCUCAAAAAGGAACAGAGUCCUCAAAAAGUGAUAAAUCAGGAGGACGAAGAGAGUCUACUCCAAGAAGAGGAUUCUCUGGCCCACGAUCCUCUUCAGAAAGAGGAAGGAAAGAUAAGAGCCGAGACGCUGGCGGAACACGCGGUAAUUCAUCUAGGCGAGAGCCUUUUUUAGCGGAAAGGCAGCAGGCAAAAGUUGAUGGUUCCAAACUUGUCGGUGGGGAACCUCGAGGACCUUUGCCUGCUGCUAGAAAUGGUUUUAGCAAAGAUGGUAAUCGGAGAUCUGAUAUGCACAGCACUGGGCUGGAUAGCAUAAAUACUGGUGUCACCGAUACUAAAACACCUAAAAAGCAGGAAACCCCUGUGAGGAAGACUGACAUUCAACAGUUUGACUUGCACAAUAUUGCUGGAGUUAUCUGUAUCGAUGAUAUGACUGAUGAUGAGUCCGACAAAUCGUCAACUCAUAGUGGGUUUGUUGAAGUGACAUCCCGUCGUACACAGAAAGAGAACAAAGAUAGACAGCGUGAAGAGGAAGAGAGAAGAAAAAAAAUGGACGAACAAAACAGGCAACGUGGCAGUCAAUUGGGAAACAAGAAGAACCAAUCUUCCAAGCCUCCUAGGUUCAGUAAGCAGCAUACAUCACAAGUUAAUACACAGAGCAAAUCUCCGGGAGUAAUUGGCAAAGCGACAUCUACAGCUGUGUCAGAAACAGCCAUUGGAACUGCUAUCACAGGAUCCAACAGCAAUCCGUCAAGUGCAAAUUCUACCAAGCGUAAUAGCCCAGUUAAUGUUGAGAGGCCAGUAUCACCUCCUCCUCCUCCUCCAGUUUUCAAUGCAUGGGACAAACCUCUACUUCUCACUCCAGCUAAACCACCAAGCGCUUCACCACCAGUGACCUCUUCGAUUCCCGAUCCUCUGGCAGUUGGAAGUGGAAAGCCUUCCUCUACACGAGUUGUCCAACCAGUGAGCGCAACUUUCUUUUCUAUUUGUCUAUUAGUUUCGUGUUUUGUUGUAUAGUUCAGUGCUGUGGAUGCUCAGCUAAAGCGUCUUAAAUGUCAUACAGCAAAAAAACAAAGCUACGGUUUGCAAUGACCUUUGUGUUUUUUCCUUUUUUGUUUACAGCAGGGAACAGUCAUUUCUUCGGCUGCCUCGUUGAUUGAAGACAUCAGUGUAGAUGACGACUACCUAGCCAUGACCAAAGAGAUUGCUUUACUGGCACCUCCAGAGGAACCAGAAGAGAGUGAAGAACCAGCCCACAUUACUCAAAACACAAAGCUCGAAAAACGAGAUCAGACAACGGAAAAGGGUGCAAAAGUUGCUGGUCCCUCAGAGAAACGAUCGCAGGCUAAACCUCAGCGAGACAAGCCUCCAAGAUUUGACCGUAGUGGCAAGCGAAAAGGUGCCUCGGGCGCAGAGGACGCAAAGAAAGAAUGGUCUAGUAAUACUAAGGGUAGGAAAAGCAGUCGUGACGACACAGUUCCUCAGAAACUUACGAAGGGAUCAGCGGUGAGAACAGUUUUUGUAACGGCAAAUUCUAUCAUUCCAACGUUCUAGUUUACAUGCUUGAUCAUUUACUCUAUUCUCUUGUUUUCGUUUUGCUUCUUCAGGACAACACUGCGAAAGGAAAAACUGGCACUCUAUCGAGUAAAAAGCAGCAGCCAGCUUCAGCUGGAGAUGAAGUUACAAAUGAUAGGGACACUUCAAAAGGGGAGCAAGAAUCUGCAGAAUAUAUUUCUGCAGGCAGGAAUGUUGGAACGACUGUUUCAGAUGAAGGCAGCGAUGGAAAAGAUGAUAUAAAGGUACAUGAGAAGGCGUAUAUGAUGGCUGCCAUUCACUCUAUUUAUUAUUAUUUUAGUGUGCAAUUGAACGAAAGACAAUUAUAUCUUUUUUCCAACGCUGGUUGAUUGCUGACUGAACCAUAAAAUUCAACAUGUCAGUUAAAUACAGACUUUUCGAUCAUCAAAUAGCUAAGUGUAAGAUGACAUGCCUUGAUAUAAAUAUCUAUAGAACUGCCUAUACACUCUCUACACAAUGCCCCAUCUGUAGUGGCUGUUUUCGUUUACUUAUGAGCGCUUUAACACUUACUCGAGGUUCGUUCUGGCUCUCUUAUCUUUCAGCUUAUUCAAUUGUUUUGUUUCUUAAAAGGAGGAAGAAGCGAAAAAUGACUCUGGAAGUGAAUCAAGUAGAAAGGAUUCCGAACUUGACCUGAAUGUUGAUUCAGGCGACAGAAACGAUGACAAUGAACACCUCUUUGGUACAGAAACCCUAUCAGUGGACAUUCACGAAAGACCAACGGCCGAAAGACCAGACAGGGAGCCAUCUCCAGUAUCACCCGCUAUUUUUGAAAUGAGUAAAAAAAUGGAAGCAUCAAGAAAACUUUGGGAUAGCGGAAUCGCUAUCGGGCGCUCAAGCAAUCAUGGGGGUGCGUGGGAGGAGACCUUGCGCACUCCAGCAAGCGUUGGUUCUUCAAUUGUGGGCAUGUCAGUCGUAGAGUCAGCCGAGUCGAGGUUAAGUGAUGACCAAGUCGCAGUUAAGAAACCACAAGUUGAAUUGGAAGCUAAUACUAGUAAGAACGACUCAAAGUCACCUGAUGGUUUAAACUUCGCAAAGAAAUCAGGAUCUGGAGAACAGCAAAAUGUUUGUAAGGUUAAGCCCCAGCAGCAGCAACAGCAGCCUGUGAAAACACAACAGUCAUCAUCUAUUGUCUCUCAGCCUGCGGAAGAGAACCACCAAACAGAAUUAAAUACAGUUUCUUUAGUUCCCCCUUUACUCUCACAAGAACUAUUGACUCAACAAGCAAUGCAACACCGCUACGCAAUUCCUCUUGUCGGUGCCUUCGUGGAUGCGCCUCAGAGACAGCCAUUCCUGCAGCAACAGCAGCUUCAGCAGCUUCAACAAACUAAUCAACAGGUGACACCUACCUUUUCCCUUACACAUGUGCAGCAGGUCAAUCAGGCACGUUCAUCUUCUUCGCCAUUGUCCCAGGCUACUCAGGACAUGUAUCAGUCGCCAUUCCUCCCUGGCGGUGUUUAUUCAACAGGAAAUUUCCAGGGUUCGCAGCCGUAUGUAUCUAUUGGCCUGUUACCCUCUACUGCAACUCAGUCAUUUGUGACCUCUUCUCCGAGGACCCAGACGACGUCUCUGAUUGGAAUUCAGGCUCAACAGCCAAAGCCUGGAACUGGAUCCGUCUUUGCCCAGAAUGUCACUCAGCAAGGCACGCAGACCAUGUUUAUGCAGUACGAUCCGAAAACGUUACGAGGAGGAACUCCUUUGUUCAAUAUAGCUCAGCAUCCCCAGUCUGCUCAGAGACAGCUGUUAGGAACUCAGCCGGGGGUCGUUGGAGAAAAUUUGUCACGACAGAGUGGCUUUCCAGCAGGACAACCGACACCUCAACCAUUCCAAGGAACGUACCCUUUUCAGCAGAAACAAGGGACAUACGAUGUUUCACAGGAUAUGCAAAUGAAGAAAACAGCUGAACAAAGUACAGAUUUCACGCGGCAAUCAGAGCUAGUCAAACACGUAAACGCAAAACCUUUUGAACCUCCAAAGAGAUCAACCCCUGGUUCUGUGCCACCCAGCAGUGCUUCAAUAGGUCCUUUGAUGUCAUCAACAUUUGCCCGAAAUCCGAACUUGAUGACAAUCACUCCGAACCCUACAGACAUUGGGGGAUCAUCUCAGAGUCCUCCUGUGUCAACAACAUUGUUGUCGGGAAGGCAGGUGUCCAUGUCACCCGUUGAACCAGGUAUUCCCUUCCAUGGUGCCGUCGGAACUUUUCCGAAGCACACUAUAAACCAGUUUCAGUUGCAACAGCAGCCUCAAGGUGUACAGCCUCAGCAGUUCACGCCAUUCCAACAACAGCCCGUCAGUUUGCAGCAGACUAUUCAGGUUAGAGCACAAGGCCAGCAACAGCAGCAAGGCGGAAAUCCGUUACAAGGUGCUGGAACUGCCAUCCUGCCAAACCCUGCUGUCAUAGCUGCAGCCAUGCCAAGGCAACUUAUUCGGGCUCCAAGCCUUGGUCCUAUAGGCAUAGGUGGAGCACAGCCAAGUGCUACGAACACUCAGCGCUUCCCUGCUCCGAUCCAGCGCCCUGUGACAGCGUCUUUAAUGCAUGGUGUGUCUCACAUACAAGCCCCGCGAGGACCCCGGGCGCAAACUGCACCGCCGCCACCACCUCAAAUGAUGUCUGCAAAGCAACAGAUUGUGACAAAUAGACCUCAUUUGCCCCCACAAUCUAUACCUCACCCGGAAGUAGUGGCGGCUGCCUUUAAGAUAGAACAGCAUCACAAGAUGUUGGAACAAACCAAAAUGUUCUUUGCUCAACAACAAGGACCACAGCAACGAGUCCCUUUGCUGAGCAAUCAAGUUGAUCCGCAAGUUAAACCUAUCGGCAGUUUUCAAGGAGACAAACCAAUUGUGAAGGGACCAGUACCCAGAGAAAAUCUAAAAUUUCAAGAGAAAAAGGAAGAGGCGAAGUCCCAUAUUUCGGAAACCAACCAAAGAAACAGAAAACCCAAUUUAGAGCAGCCUAGCAAGACGUCAAAGACAACCAAAGUAGAUUCAAAGCCAGAAGAAAGCAGCAAAGACAAAACUAACACAUCAAAACAGGAUGGUAAAGGCCCUGGUAACAAGAGCAGCAGCCUCGUUCGUAUUCCGCCCCUACCUAUGGCACCCAGAAACGUGCCGAAGAGGGCCCGUGGUCCCCCACGAAUGCCAGGUUCUCAGCCAGUUUCCAAACCAAGAAUCUCUGGACGUUCAGAGAAAGAAAUCAAAGAUACAGUUCAGGACCAGCCUUCUGAAACUCCAAGCCGCAAGAGUUCAGAUCAGGCUAAACCAUCGGAGGCACAACCCGUGGCCCCACUAAGCGUCAACAAGUAA